AUUAAUUCGUAUUUUUUUUAGUUUACAGGUGCUUUAUUUUGUUUUAAUACAUUUUAUAUUUUUUUAUUUUUCGUCUGUAGCUGAUUUUCAUUGACAACUUUUCUUGUGCAUUUUGUUCGUGCUUUCGUUAGUUUUCCUUCACUUUCCGUUCUGCUUUUAGCUUUUUAUGUAUCACACUGUUUCGAAAAUCACAUACGCAUUUUCGUACACAAAUAUGUGCCGUUUUCGCGCUCCUCCAUUCGAAAGUUUAGUUCCUUGUGAUCACGCGUUCGCUCUCGUUCACGCUUCCUCUCUUGCUAAAGCGCGCUCAUAACUUUUUGUACACAUUUAGCACGCGUUUUUUGUGUAUGUAUAUUCGAGAAUUUCCUCACCUCAAAACACUUUUGCCAGCAUCGUAAGGUAUGUGACUCUUUCCUUUUUUUUUAAUUCUAUUUCAAUUUUGAUUUUCAAUUUAUUUUUCGAAAAAGAAAAGCGUUUUUUCGAGCAUCUCUUCUAGAGCUGGGAUAUGCGAAAAGCGUUUUUGAUUUGGAAAAUCACGUCAGUGGUCUCUGCGGAGGUUUCACGUUAGAACGUACAUUUCGGACAGAAGAAAGCAACGCGCGUAAAGAUCUUGUGUGAACCAAGUGAAAGAUGAAAACUUUUAGAAAAUAUGUUUGUCCUGAAAUUUGUUGAAGAAAAGUGAAAAGCGAAUAAUAGGAGUGUGAACGAAACUUGGGAGUUGAAUUAAAUUUUAAAAUUCUCAAAUUUUGUGUUUUGUUUAAAGCGAAAAAGAAUUAAACAAAACUAAAUGCGUGUAAUGAGUGAGCGUGUUUUCGUGUGAAAUUUGAAGUGUUUUUGAAAAACCAAAAAAUUGAACGCCUGUUUCGAACGUCUGGUGGUUGAUUUGCUUGCGAUUGAAGUUAAUUAAAUUCAAGCUGUUUGAUUUUUGAAUAACAAAAAAUUGAAAUAAAAACGAAGGACGCUAAAUAAACGAAACGAAUAUAAAAUAAAAUUUAUAAACUUUAAUAUUCAGGCUUAAAUUUAUAAUAUUUAUAAAACGAUGCGCACAAAACGAAGAAUUUAAAACGAAAUAAUAUUAAAACAAAAAUAAUAUUCAAAUAAAAUAAAAAAUAAUUAAUUUUGAACAAAAUAAUUUAAGAAAACAAUUAUUAUUAUUGCAUUCUUGGGAAAUAUAAUAUUAUAUUUAUUUAUUAAGUGAAAACGUGUCAGAAACAUAAAUAAAAUCUAAAAAAAAUAUUUGAGAUGAAAAUGCUUUUUCGGAGCAUUUUGUAAAAAAAAAAAAAUUUCACGAACGAAACUCAACGCAUCACAACUUCAAACUACUCUCCACUGGAGAGUCCUUUUUAAAGUGCGUGUGUAUAAAAUGCCGCAAAUCAAAAAUUUCAAGCAAUAAACAGCUGUUUUAUUGAUUUUAAAACUCGAAAUUCGAGUGAAGUGAGUGGCCGAUAGGAAAAUGCUACAUUUUGAAAAUUUAAAUGCAAUAAUCAUUCCAUUAAGAACGAAAAGUUACUAUUACGAUUAUUAUUUCGCGAAAGUUGGCAACCAUUACAAUUACUAUGGUUAUACAGAUCGUUAAGAGGGCGUGAAUGGUUCAAACAGUCUAAAACAGAGGUGAGAAGCUGAAAAAUCGUGAAACGGAACAGCAGCGACAGAGAAGAAAAGAAAAACAAAAACUAAGGACAAAAUAAAAACUAAAUAAAUAUAUCAACAAAAAAAAAGAUUAUUAAUAAAAAUAAUUUAUUUCUUUGAAAGCUUCAAAAAUAUAAUUUUGAAGACAAAUACAAAUAUCAAACAACUUUUAAAAAUACAUAAAAUAACUGUAAAUUUGAGAGCAAUACUGACUGCUCUAAAAAAAAUCGGAACGAAAUAAAAACCUAAAAAAAAGAAAACUCUUUUCAUUACAAAGUUUACGGCAGUGUUUUGAAUUUUAUUUGCCUAUUGUUGUUGUUGUCUAAUUCAACAACUGUCCUGCAUUUUCUUUUGAAAGUUUCCGUCCCCAACAAAUGCAGUCAGUGCGGCCAUUGAGCGGGCUGUGAUCCGUCGUCGACGUCGUCGCUUCGACUGUGGCUGCGUUUUCGUGUGGGCCUUCGUGGCGAUCAUGCGGGUCAUUGCUGAUACGGAUGAACCACCAGCGAAAUGUUGCAGAUAUUGUGAGGAGUCUACGCAGCACGGCGUGGACGGCGGCCCUGUAUCGUGGCGUUUAACGCUCGAUCAGGAUCUAAUUGAUACGCUCAAACGUAGCUUCCCAACCUGGUUUCAAGCGUCCGCCGGCAGUGACGGCAACAAUACAACAAACACCACCACUACAACAACACCAGCGGCAGCAACUGUAUUGACAACAUCCGACGCAUCAAGCAAAGAAGCGAUCGAAAACGCAAAGCUUCCAACUGCAACAGUUGCCGAAACAAGCAAAUGCAACAGCACAACAAAUAACAACUACGACAACAACAACACCACCACCACCACCACCACCAUUAUAAAUAUCGCGAAGAGCGCAAGUCAUUGUACGACACCCAUUACCGUUGAUACUACAAACCAUUUGCAUCAACAACUGCCAUAUCUACACCACGACCAUCACAAUCACCAACAACACCACCACCAUCUGCUGCAUCAUAGUAACGGUAAUAGCUUGAAGCGACAUAGCAACGAAAGCAAAAGCAUCACUUCACCACAGCUCAGCUGUAGUAGCGGUUACUCGGCGAUUUUAUCGUCCUCCUCCUCGUCUGCCUCUCCAGCGUCCUCGAUAGCAUCGAAUUGCUCGGUAGCUUCGUCGAAGAAAUCGACAGCAAGUCACAAGAGCAACAGCAGUAGCAAUAGCAGUAGUAGCAGUAGUUCAUCUUCCUCAUCAUCUUCGUCGAAUUCGUCGAAAUCUUCCACGUCCUCCACUAGCUCAGCAUCUACGUGCUCGAAAGCUUCAUACGCCGCGUCAAAGACAACAUCCACGAAAUCCGCUAACACCGUUAACGGUGCACAACACAAAUCCGUCAACGCCGCGGCCACAGCUGAAACGGGGAAGAAGUGUGCCGCGACAAAAGCGGCUGUAAAAUCGGCUGUCAAGUCGGUGGUGAAGGCGCGCGAAAAGUCCACGUCAACGCUUUCGACAGCCGUCGCAGCGUUAGCGACCGCGAACGCCUCCGUGUCGAAGACAAUCACAAAAUCCGCUUCACUGCACUCGCUGAGCAGCUGUUCCGGCGGCUCGACAUCACUACUGGCAACAUUCUCAUCGCCCGGUUCGACAGCAACCACCGUCGAGCUUAUAUCGGAUACGUCGUGUAACGCGCUCCUGACAGCUUCGCAGCUAAGUGGCAAAGUGGGUUUCGAGCACACAUUUCAAGACGUCAUACUGUUGCAGGAAGCAUACGACGAUAUGUCAGAAGGUGAACAACGCUUGAAUGCGGCGGCGGCGGCAUCAUUCCUCAGCAGUGGUGGUAUUAGCAGUGAUGAUGGCGCAAAUUCCGAUGGCUAUGAUGCGCGGCAAUCACCGCCAAAGGCGAUUGUCGAUUCCAGUCCAUUGCAGCCGGCGAUGGAUAAAAAUAAAGAAUCGCUUAAAGUGAAAUUAAUGGUGAGACGACCACAUUCACAGCUCGUCGAACAGGGAAUCAUACCACCCUUGAAAACCUCACCCGCCAUACACGAGCAAUGCAAACAGCUGGAGCGUGCCAAGACCAGCGAUUUGUUGAAGGCAAAAAUACAACAGCGUCCGAAUCGGGAAGAUCUGGAGCGACGUCAUAUAUUGGAAGAAGAUGAGUGUCAUAUCGAUCCGAGCUUGGCGGAGAAACAGCGCAUGCUAAAGAAAGCGCGCUUAGCCGACCAGCUGAACUCACAGAUUCAGCACCGGCCCGGACCGCUCGAGCUCAUCAAGAAAAAUAUCUUACAUACAGAAAAACCAAUUGAGAAAAUUGUCAAAGAAGGUUUAGUAUCAUUCAAAGCAACAAGUGAAGGUCUAUUAACGCGACCACAGCAUCCACACAGUUAUGUGACGUACGAAGAGGACUCACAGAGCUCAGAAAGCGAUACACGUCAGACGCCACCACGCGCUGAUGAGCAAGCUGCAUGCGACGGCGCUGGCGAUGCGCUGCAAGCGGCUGCUGCUUCGGCAGGCAUUGUGACAGUUGCGCUCACCAUACCUACUAGCGGUGGCCAGGUGGUCGUGACAUCUGCUCCGAUCUUACAGAAUAGCGCUCCAGCAUUAAAAGUUAAUGCAGUGCCACCGCCGCCGCCACCACCACCGCCAGCGGUGUCUAUCGCCAGUAGCGUACAGGUGAAACAAGAAACUGCGAAUCUCUUUGAGGAACUCUGCCAGUCGGUGGCUGGACCGUCAGCUAGCCCUGGAGGUAGCUUCUUGUCGAUGGUCUCCUCGCCGGCUUCGCUAACAUCGACCACAUCGACACUGAGUCCACUAUCUUCCAUUGCUUCGCCACCACAAACACUCACAUCACUACCGCCAUUGAGUUGUCAGUUAUCGCUGGCGAAAUCGGAUGCACCGGGCAAGGAGAAGAACCGCAAGAAAUCAAAGUCUAAACCGGCCUGUAAGGCGCGCACAAUUAAGUUUCACGAGUAUAAGGGACCGCCGAAUGCAUCACAGAAAUUAAGCAGCGAAAGCAGCCAACCCGAGGAGACAUCCUACCAACUAAUGUUGGAACAACAGAAUUGCUUGCUCAAAUUUCUUGAGACACUCAACAAAAAUCAAUCUAUCGUGCCAGCGGCCAGUGCCGCAGCAGUAGGCACAAACGCCAAUGGUUCAGCAAACGGUGGGUUGGUCGCGACAGUGGCUAAGUCGAAUACAACAGCGCCAACAACAGCAGCAACAGCCAUAAAACUUUCAACAGCGCUGCCCUCACCAGCCCCAACGACACCCUUGUCCAACGUUACAGCGGUGAGUGAUGGCGCAAGUAGUACCGCAUCACCGGCUAACUCGACAUUUUCCAUAAUUUCCACGCCACGUCCACCACCGCUACCAUCGCCGGCACUUUCGGUCACUUCUUCCAUACCACCGAGUCCAGCCACGAGCUACGCUGAGUCUACCUGCUCUGUAACAGAUUUCUCACGUCUGGAAAAGAUGAAGGUUUCCGAUUUAAAAAUGCACCUGAAGCGACGUAAUCUGCCCGUGUCGGGUCCCAAGCCACAACUGAUAGAGCGUCUCAAACCAUAUUUACCGCUUGACGUUACCGAGUGCUCAACAAUUGUAAAUACGCCGGCUUCCACAACCUCAUCCGAGAUGAUUUCCACUGCAGGCGCAGAAGCUAUGGACGCCACAAACACAGCGGUGAACGCUGAGCUGCCCGUUCCCAUGAUUGUCAACUCACCACACCCCGCUGCAAUGUCACCGGAGCGCCGUAAUCUAGAGCAUGAGCAAAUGGACAUAGUACAGCAAGUAGAUUCGCCGCGUCCGAUGCCGCUACAAACCAUAUUACAGCCGAAAUCCCAGGCUGCUACCAUCAUUUUAACGAACGACGACUUGGUGCGCGAACAAAAGCGCCAAAUCGAUGAGUUGCAGCGUCAACUGCAACGCUCCCAGCAAGAGUUGCAGCAGAUGCGACAGAAGCAACAGCAGAAGCACUUGCAGCACCCACAGCAACAGACCGUAAGCGCACAGGUGAUGAACGCCCUGCCCACACAGCAGAUAACGCUGAUCACUACCACAACCACACCAAAUUGCGCGCCGCUCGCCGUGUUGCCGCAGAUAAAAGAGAAUAUAACGUUGCCAGCCACUAAGGUAGUCACGGUCAAAACGCAUGCCGCCAAGGCGAAUGCCACAAAUGCGGCCGCGCACAAAGCCGUCGCCAAUAACAACACUACAGCAGUGACACCGCAAGCGAUGAGUCAGAAAAUGGUGGUGAAGCAGCAACUCGAGGCGAAAAUACAGAAACAAAAGCAGGCAGCUGCUGCUGCGGCGGCCGCAGCACAAGCGCAAGCGCAACAACAACACGCCCAACAAGUGCAGGCGCAAGCGUUGGCACAGGUACAGACGCAGGCGCAGGCGCAACUGCGUCUACUCACCACCACGCAAAAGACACAAACUUUACUCAUUCCAACCGUGACGGCGACCGCCACACCGGCGAAACUAGACGAAUUGAAGAAGCUGCCGAAUGCGGCGCGUCAAAAGAAUUCCAACAACAAUGCCAUGAAUAAGUGCAAUACAAAUGCUCCCAAUACAAACAAUGGCGCAGCAACAACAACGAUACUCGCUAAUCAAAUACCGUUGACGGCGAAGACGCACAAUAAUCUGGGACUCGUGUGGAACGAAGGCAAUCAGACGAUCUUCCUGGUUGGUCUAAACGAUCAGCAUAUGACAGCGCAUACAAUUGGCAAUAUUUCGCUUGCCAACGCCAGUCCAGCUACUAAGAAACUGUUGAAUGGACAUCAGCGCACAAGCUCAUUGCCGAGCAUACUCUUUCCUAUAGCUGCGCCAGCCGGGCACGAGCCACAGCAUCAGCUGAUCGAAGCGAAGCCGGUGAUUACACAACAACAGUUGCAACAAUUACAACUACAACAACAACAGCAGCAGCCGCAUCAAUAUCACAAUCGCCUCUUCCAGCCCACACAGCAGAUCAUACAGCUGGACAUUAAGCCACACAACCUACCGCCGCCACCGCCGCCGCCCCCACAAUACGAGGAGGCUACUAAGCAACUGGCUGCCAAAGCAAAUCUAGCGCAGAUUAAAAUCAAAGAAGAGCCCAAUACCGGACGGAAUACGCCGCAUGCGCCCACUCAUUCUGUGACUACACAGACGACCAGCAAACGCAAAAAUCCGAUGAAAUCUGAAAAAGUCACAAAUGUGCUGGAUAUACUCGUCAAGCAGGGUGACCUACCCGAGAGCGUUUUGGAGCCCAUCACCCCCGUGACACCGCUCACUCCAGGCGGCAGCAAUGCGCUUAUGACAGACAUGAGCGGCAAUUUGAUAUUCAACCCCAACACAAACUUGCAAACCGCUGCUGACGUGCUGGCCGCAUCGGGCGCACUCGUGCCUAAACAGGAGCCACGCAGCAGCCCAAUGCCGGAGAGCACCAUUCCAACGCAACCGAUGGACACAACACCUAGUGGACAACAGCAGCAACAACAGCAGGCGCAACGUGACAUUGACAGCGUUUUUCAGCUGUUGAGCGACGGCGGCAGCGAUAUGCCGUCUAAUGCCAUCAAUUCUUCACUACACAGCGGCUUCAUUGACAACAUCGACAUGGCUUCGCCAUUACAGCCAGACGCAAACCUUGACGCCGAGAGCGUAGCUAAGACAUUGGAUAUAUUUCUGGAGCAACACCAUUCCACACCGCCGCCAAAAUCGUCUACGCCUGGCGUACACAUGCAACAACAUCAGUCGCCUACGCACCAUGACAUGCUGAGCAAGGCGAGCAAUUCACCCGAGAAGUUGGUUAUGUCACACAAUGUUGGUAGUCCGGAUGCCAAGCUUAAUCACUUUGAUGAAUUUGAGCUGUUCGAGUUGAUGUCGCAACAGUUGGAGAUGGAUAUCGGUGAUGAUGCAAGUAAUUUCACAUCGCACGGUGGCGCCGGUCUGAAUUCUGCUCACCAACAGCACUUGCAUCAUUCCAGCGGUGACGGCAAGAACGCCAAUGGCGUCGACUCGGCUGUGGCGGCUUCGACUGCAGCCAAUGUUGCCACACAUACGCUAAAUGGGCUGCGGCGUGACAUGAAUCCGAGCUUGCAGCCAUCGAUCAAUGAGCUUAUACAACAGCAAUUGCAGCAACAACAACAGCAACAGCAAAGUCAUCAACAAUCACAGCAACAACAGCAGCAAUACCAUCAAUUGCAACACAACAAUUGCGCACGUGACGUGUUAAGUGCCGCUGAUGUGGAUUUCGAUGCCGAGAGCUUUGUGGCGCAGCUCGCGCAAGUCAGCGAGCAAGAAGGCAUCGCCAACAACAACAACAACAAUAAUACUAAUAAUCUCUCACACAAUCACAGCAUAUUAAGUGGCAACGCAGGCAGUCCACACAACAACCACAACAACAAUUGCCUGAGCAGCAACGGCAACGGCAGUGAGGUCAACAGCAGCAGCGGCGGUCUCAACCUGCAUGACACCGAUGCGCGCACGCACAGUCACAACCACAGCGAUAAUGACUUCAACGCCACCCCUAUGGAUGUCUGCGAUGAUUUCGAGAACCCGUUAGGCUCCUUCAGCUUUUCCGCAUUCUCGCCGGAUUCCAACAUCAAUACACCGCCACAUCCAUUUGGCAGCGGUGACAGCGGCAGCAGCGGCAUGCUAAACAGCGUUUGCCUGGUAAAUGGUGAAACCUCCAUGGGACUGGGCAUCGGUGGUAGCAUGGUGAGUGGCGUCGGUCUGGGUAAUGGCACACCAUCAUCCGCAGCUGCCAGCUCCUCCACGUGUGGCAUGCAGGCGAACAACUCCAACUCCAUGGGCAUGGGUGAUCAAAUGUCCAUUUGUGGCCUCAGUGAUGGCAGCAACAUGAUGGGCUUGGGCGGCAUGGGUGAGAGCGCAAUGACAGCGGCGGUUAGUGACGGCUUUGGCACGCCCGGUGACAUCUUAGAUUUGUUCAAUAUAGAUGAUUAUAAGAUGUCCUGGGGUGAGGGCGAUUUUGCUGUAUAAACGGUAAGGCCAGAACUCAAUUAAACUACAUGUCUUAAAAUUGUGUGGGACAGCGCCGGUGAAGGUCGAGUGAAAAUUAAACAACAUGUUUAUCUACUUCGGUCGGCUAUUGUUGUUGUUGCUAUUAUUCACGGUCCACUUUCGGUAACGGAAGUGUGCGCGCUGACCAACGCGUUUGUGUACAGGAAAUUGAAUUAAUGCUAAUGGCAUUGUGGCUAGCUUUCGCUCUGAGCGGCAGGAUGUGCAUGGUUGCGGUGUGGCCGCAGGGGGCAAUGGCAGUGGAAGUGUUUGUGGGCUUGUGUGUGUGUGUAUGCCUUUAUUAGACAAUUAAUAUGCGCAUACACAAGCGCUAAAAUGCUGGCGUUUGAGUGUAGGUUGAGUUCCACAGUCAUAUAACGGUGUUUUAUUAUCGGUUUUUUAAGGCAUACUUUCACACACAUUAUCACUGCGCUCUCAACCAUAUAUACAUAUGUACAUUCAAACUUAUUCCUCUUUUUUCUACAAUUUCAUUAUGAUAACUAUCAAAUGGAGACCCCUACUUUGAGAAAGUGCAUUUAAAAUUAAUUUAACAAAAACACCAAAAACAAAAAUAAAAAACAAAAUGGCGUUUAAAUAUGUGAACGCGCGAAUUUCCAUAUGAAAGCCAAGUCGAUAAUGUUUGUGAAAGUGUGUAAAUUAUUAUUUUAUAGCCGUACAGCGAGAGAGGAAAGAGAGAAGAGUGUGCAGUCAAGAGUGGGGGAGAGCGUGGACGCCCAACUGGUGGUGGAGUAGUGUAACAAAAGUCAAAAGAAACAUUUAAAAGUACGACGAAGACAUGCAUUGUGUAGUGAAAGUAAUUAAGACCAUUCCAAAAAUAAAAUAAAUUUUAAAAAUGUAAAGAAAUUUUUUUUUAAACAAAAAUAAAUAGUUUAGUGUGUUUUUGGUGCGCUUGUUGGUGUGAAGAAGAGCACAGUUGGGGUAGAUUCUGGUUUUGUAAGCGGAAGGCAGGCAAUAGUUGUAUGGCAGAAGCAUUAUUUUUUACAACAACAAAUUGAAAAAGAAUACAACAACGACAUAUUUCAUUUUUUAUGUGUGACAAGUUCAAAAACAACAAUAACAAUGUAGUAAUGAAGAAAAUUAGAAGUUAUUAAAAGCAACAACAACAAUAAAUGAUUUUAAAAAACUGCAACAACAACAACUUUGCUAUCAUUUUACUUGAGAAGCGCCUUUCAUUUGUUACGUCGUGUCGCUCCGCUCCGCCCUCAGCAUGUCACAUGCAUGUCCUGUACCAAUUGCCGUUAUAUACAGCGCAUGACAACAACACACACAUUCUUUUAUUUAAGUUUAAUAUAAAACAAUUAUGAAAAAUUGUAAAUAGUUAAAUAUUUAAAUUAAAUUUUCAACUGCUAAUGCAAAAAAAAAAAUUGAAAAAUGACAAAAACACAUAAUCCAUAGAAAAACAAAAAAAAAAUACCUUUUUAACUUACAUAUAUACAUACAAAAUGCAUGCAUAUACAUUAUUUUUAAUAUAUAAAAUUAAAUAAAAAAUCACAAAAUGUAACAUUUUAACUAAGAAAUAUACAAAUGAAAUAUUUAAUUACAUUAUUAUUAAAUAUUUUACUUUAAUAACGCGCAUGCAUAAUAAAAAUUAUGCAUAAAGAACAAAAAAAAACUUGUAACGAUUAAACUACAAUUAUUAUAUAUUAGCAGAAAAUGUAAUAGUCAUAAAUUUUAUCAAAUUUAAUAUUUAAAAUCGUGUGAAAAGUAUUUCCUUGUAGGAAAGAAAAAGCCUUUUUUGAAGUAAGUAUUUGCUAUUUUAUUUGCUUUUCAUUAUUUCUUUGCGGCAAAUGCAAUUUUUAACUAAAAUAUAGCAAGUUUUUCGCUCAUAGUGUGCAAAUUAUAUAUAAAAUUUUAAUAAAAAAUAUAAAAAAGUUUGUGAAAUUCAAAAUAUUGUUGCUACAACAAUGACAAGGCCAUGUUAGUUUAGUAUAUGAAAAUAUAUAUUAUAUUUUAUAAAAUAACAUUUAAAAAAUAAACUAAAAUUAGCCAUAAAAGUUAAGCGAUUUAAAGUAGAAUUAUGCUCUAUACAUGAACAUUUGUUUGAAAUGGUAAAAUGCAAAUACAUUUAUACUAGAAAUUAUAAAGAAAUUAUUAUGUUUUAACCUAUAAAAUGCCAGUAAAUUUGUUAAUCUAAUAAAUAUUUUUAAUACGUUUUAAUAAAUAAUUAAUUAAAUAUUUAAAAACUAUGCAAGCAACUUAUUAUAUAUGUGUGUGCGUGCAUGUAAUAACUACAAAAUGCAGCGCUUUAAAUAUUUUAUAAAUAAAAUAUGUGUUUGUAUGUACAUUAAGCUGUGCGUUAUUUCCCAAGUUAAUUUUUUUGGUUACAAACGCAAAAGUUGAAGUUUCGGUUUUUGCUGAAAAAAAAAGAUCCAAUGUAAACAAACGCUUUAUUUUCAAUUUCAAAGUGACCAAAUCAUAUUUCUUUUCCCAUGUAUAUAGCAUGGGAUUUUUUGAUAUUUUGCAUUAUGCAAGCAGGUCUACAAUUUCGAAAAAGUGAUUUUUUUAUAUAAAUUUUCCGCUCUACAAAAAAUGUCGUAAUGAUUUUUUCCAUAGAAACGUUCCUUUAAAAGUUAUACGCAGUCAAAGUUAUACAUCAAAUGUACUGAAUAUUCAUACAAGUGAUUUAUACAUACUGUGUUGCUCAUACGACAUGGUGUACUAUAUGAAGCACAUUUGCUGCACAAGUUUAGCAGCGUAUAACUUUUAAAGCAUUAUUUUUAUGAAAAAAAUUAUCAAGAGCUUCUUUGUAGCGCGGGUAUUUCGUAUUAUUUAGAAUAUCGGUUUUUUAAAAUUACCGGUUUAUUUGCUUUGGAAAUAAACAUUUUAUUGCAACAGGACAAAAAAUCUCAUGUAAAAUGUAUGGGAAUGGUAAUAUGUUUUAGGCACAGUUUAAAUUGAAAAUAAAGCGCUUGUUUGUCUUGGAUACUUUUUAUGACAAAAACUUUAAUUUUAGGGGGCAUUUGCAAAAACAAAAAACAAAAAAAAAAUCAACUUGGCAAAUAACGUACACUCUACAUAUGUAUAUAUUUUAAUGCUAAUUAUUUUAUCUAAUACAUAAAUACACGUAUAUAGAAUAUGCAAAAUUACUUUUGCAUACUGUAUAUAUAUUUGUAGUUUUACAAAAGUCUAUUAUUCGCGAAUGUCGGCCAUAAAUAUAAACGUAGAAGCGUUUACUUUAUGAUUUUACGGCAUUUGCAGCUUAAAUUGAGAUUUAUUAUUUAUUAUAAAUGCAACAAAAUACUACUGUGCCACGUAAUAACACAGUUACAAGUAAAUUUCGAAAAGUUACUUUCAAAAAAUAAUUCCGUUUUAAUACACUGACUUUAAAAUGCAUAUUUUUCAACUAUUAUGAUAUUAAAAAAAGCAUUGUGUUUAUUUAGCUUAAAUAUAUUUAUGUAAAAUAUUAGUAAUACUUCGAUAUCUAAUUGUUUAGCGAAGCAUUAAAUUAAUUUUAUAAGCUUCAGCUGCAAAUAAAUAAAAUAAAAAUUAUUGCAAUAAAAACAGCAAAUUAUAACAUAAUAAAUUACAAAAAAAAACAACCAAGUACUUAAUAAAAUGUGGUUACAUUUUUCAUUUUAUGCAACACUCACAACUUCGAGCUAAAGUAGAAAACUAACUACAGUUCGUAAUUAAUUUUUUUUAGAUUAAAAACAAGCAUAAAAUACAUUUGAAAAAUAUUUAUUUUUUCUUGUUCAUAAAACAUUCUGUAACACUUAAGCUUAGCGUAAGAAAAUGGAAAAAAAAAUUAUUAAAAUAAAAUAUAAACUAAAAUUUAAAAUUCAAUAAACAAAAAGCGUUAAUUUUUAAAAUAAUAUUAUAAUAUAUAUAUAUUUAGUUAUAUUUAAUACAAGUAAGUGCAAGUAAAUAUAUAUAUUUUAUUAACAGAAAAAUAAAAAUAAAAAUUUUUUUUGUACAAUAAAAAAUGAGUAAUAUGCGUUAAAAAUCAAAGGAUAAUAAAUAAAGAAAAAAAAUUAUAUGCUUAGCAUACAAAUACAAAUCACGGACGGUCAAAUGUUGUCUGACACGCUAAACUUAAUAAUAUCACUACAAACACACACACACAUACGUGCACAUAUGCAACAUGCCACACUAAAAGUGGCUAAAAUACCGUUAUAAACAUACUCAUUUUGAUUAAUAUUAGUGUAUGUAUGUCAUAGGCUUAAAGCUUUUAACAAAAAAAUGUGUAACAUUUUAUCGUAUUUUUCUCUAUAAAACACACAUGUUAUUUGCAAACAUUCGCUCCCUAAUUACAUAAGCGCAUAUGUAUUGUUGUAAGCACAUAAUACACUUUAUAUAUUGCAGUUAAAGUAUAUAAGUGGAAGUAUAUAAUGUGAAAUAUGAGAUUAGCAGCGUGAGUGUAAGCGCAGACAGGUUGGCAAAGCUUAAGCUAUGCGUUUGAGGUGAAAGUUUGACACACACACACACAUGGAUACUAGUAGCGAACGAACAGUUUAAAGACAGUUUAGCUUAUUAUUGAGCUAUUUGAAAACAGUUAAUAUAAUGAAAUGAAAAAUAAAAGCAUUUUUGCAACAGAGUAAUCGUUGUACAUAUGUAUGUGUGAAUAUAUGAUAUUUCUUUGAAGCGAUUAAUCAAACUAUUAUUUUUUUCUUAGUAUUUUUUUUUGUUGUGAAACCGCAAUAUUUUUUGAGAAUUUUUAAUUUUGGAAAUUUUUGAGGUUAUGGUUGCUUGUUCGAAAAACUAAUGCUGCGCUAAAAGCGUAAAAAAUUUAUAUAAAAUGUUAAAAAAAUACCAUGGCAUACCUAAAACAAUGUGUUUUAACAACUUAAUAUAUUUAAAUUUAAUUAAUGUUGAUUAAAGAGAGUUCAAUGAAAUACUCAAUUUUUUUUUUGCAAAUAAUUCACAUAAAAUGUUAAAAAAUGUUAUUGAAUGCCUAAAGAAUUGUGUUUGAAGAAAAUAAUGUAUUUAAAUUAU